GAGCAGAGGAUAAUGGGAUUGAUUGGGUUUCCUUUGGCUUUCAUUCUCCAAAGUCCAAAAGAGCCCAGAGGAACAAUCUGGUCCCUCGUCCCCUACGCUGUUGUUGUGAGUGACUGACUGACCCUUCGCAUUUCCAAAGAUAGAAUUCGGGCGGAGUUUUCCUUUUCCUUUUCCUUUUCUUUUCCCUUUCCUUUCACUUCCAACAAAUAAACCAACAAAAAUAUUAUAAAAAACACAGCAGAAAUCUCCUGCGCCACUCACUCCCAAGCAGAUGCAAUCGACAACUGGUGCUGGUGCUACUGGUAGUCGUAGCUCCGGCGGCGGCGGCGGCGCCGGCCUUGCACGGUUCCGCUCUGCCCCUGCCGCCUGGUUGGAAGCUCUUUUAGAGGACGACGAGGAGGACCCCCUCAAGCCCAGUCACUGCUUGACUCAGCUUCUCGCCGCCAACUCCUCUGACCUCGACUCCCCCGCAGAUCAACCCUUGUUCGACCCCAAUCCCUCCCCCGCCUUCCACAGGCAGAAUAGCUCUCCCGCCGAGUUUCUCGCCGCCUCUGGAAUUGGGGAAGGAUUUUACACUGCCUAUGCUCUCAAUUCCUCUCCCACUCUCGACGUCUCUCCCACCUCCAAACGAGCUAGAGAAGUCGACGCCCAAAACUUCUCCCCCAAAUUUUCACCUCAACUGAAAAGGGAAGGAAGUGGAGUUUCGAGUUUGAUAGACAUGGAAAUGGAGAAAUUAUUGGAGGACUCUGUGCCCUGCCGGGUGAGAGCCAAGCGUGGCUGUGCCACGCAUCCUCGGAGCAUUGCUGAGAGGGUCCGUAGGACUAGAAUUAGUGACAGAAUAAGGAAGCUUCAGGAGGUUGUCCCCAACAUGGAUAAGCAAACAAACACCGCAGAUAUGUUAGAAGAAGCAGUAGAGUAUGUCAAAUUCCUUCAAAAGCAAAUUCAGGAACUCACGGAGCAUCAGCGCAGGUGCAAAUGCAUGGUCAAGGAAUAACAGGUUGAAGGAAGAACACUACUCCAGCCUGCAGAAAUCGCCCUUCCACGAUUAGUGUAAAUUAGUAGGUUUCUGGGGACUUGAAAGGUAGUAAAAAAGUAAGUGUUUUGGCUAUAAUAUAUUGUAUUCUCUUUGGUUCUAAAGAAAAUAUCAACCUUGUAAUGCAUGCAUUCAUAUAUAUUGCAUUCGUACGCAAUAAGCAGGUGUAACAAAAUGUUGGGGGACUGCUCCUUUUUUUUUUUUUUUUUUUUAAAUUUUAUAAUUAAAUUUCCUUUUUGGGUUUUUUUGGGGGAAAAAAAACUUGUUGAAUAGUACAUUAGAACAUUAGGUCUCUAGUUUAAGAUACUUGUCCUGUGCAAUUGUAUUUCCAACAUCCAUCCAAUAUUAUCAGGAGAAAGCUUUGGAAUCGAAA